CCUGCAGCAGCUGGUACCACCACUGUCCCUGCAGCAGCUUUCACCACCACCGCCCCUGCAGCAGCUGGUACCACUACCAGUCCUGCAGCAGCUGUCACCACCACCCGUCCUGCAGCAGCUGUCACCACUACCGCCCCUGCAGCAGCUGGUAGCACCACCACCACUGCAGCAGCUGGUACAACCACCGCCCUUGCAGCAGCUGGUACCACCACCUCCCCUGCAGCAGCUGGUACCACCACCGCCCCUGCAGCAGCUGGUACCACCACCGCCCCUGCAGCAGCUUUCACCACCACCGCCCCUGCAGCAGCUGGUACCACUACCAGUCCUGCAGCAGCUGUCACCACCACCCGUCUUGCAGCAGCUGGUACCACCACCGCCCCUGCAGCAGCUGGUACCACCACCGCCCCUGCAGCAGCUGGUACCACCACCGCCCCUGCAGCAGCUUUCACCACCACCGCCCCUGCAGCAGCUGGUACCACUACCAGUCCUGCAGCAGCUGUCACCACCACCCGUCCUGCAGCAGCUGUUACCACUACCUCCCCUGCAGCAGCUGGUACCACCACCGCCCUUGCAGCAGCUGGUACCACCAACGCCCCUGCUGCAGCUGGUACCACCACGGCUCCAGCAGCAGCUGGUACCAACACCUUCCCUGCAGCAGCUGGUACCACCACGGCCCCAGCAGCAGCUGGCACCACCACCCGUCCUGCAGCAGCUGUCACCACUACCUUUCCUUCAGCAGCUGUCACCACUACCGCCCCUGCAGUAGCUGCUACCAACACCUCCCUUGCAGCAGCUGGUACCACCACCGCCCCUGCAGCAGCUUUCACCACCACCGCCCCUGCAGCAGCUGGUACCACUACCAGUCCUGCAGCAGCUGUCACCACCACCCGUCCUGCAGCAGCUGUCACCGCUACCUCCCCUGCAGCAGCUGGUACCACC